AUGAAGACCUCAAAAUAUGUCUUAAGCCUUUCUCUAGCGGCUUCCGCGUUUGCGCAAGUCCAGCCAGCUGGCGUGACCCGGCCCAUCGUGGAGGAAUGUGGCUUCAAUGGCUGUGUUGUCUGUGUGAAUAAAUAUAGCGCCGUUCUACCCUAUCACUUCAACCGGUCCAUCUCGAACAACAAGGCCGACUACGACUACCGCAACACCAGUGUUACCAAUGCACCCACUUUUGACCUCUUGGGAUCUGCCGACUUUGUCGUCUUUGACCGAGAGCGAGGGUUGCAAUACCUCGGAGACAAUCCAAGCUAUGAGUUUGUGUUUCACGUCUCCAGCGCCGUACACGAAGCUCCAAUCUACGCGCCCGAGCAGAAUUUGUUGUUCAUCUCCCAGCUCGCGCCGCCAACGGGUGUCUUGCCUCAACUCGUCGUUGAUCUCAACCAAGAUCCGCCCACCUUGAGCAACUACACCCCGAAUCCGCCCAUAUACGCACCGAACGGCGGUACUUUCCGUAACGGUGACCUUCUCUUUGCUGCAAGCGGCGGGAUCGACGAGCUGGGAGGAAUCGAGCAAAGGGUAUCACUGCGGACAGUCGACCCUGCCACAAACAAGUCAACCGUGCUACUGAACAACUACUUUGGAUUCUACUACAACAACAUGGACGACGUGGCGGUUCACCCUACCACUGGAGAUAUUUUCUUCACGGACCCUGACUACAGUUAUUUCAAUGGCCUGACAGAUACUGCGCCGCAACUACCAGCUGCGAGCUAUCGGUUUAAUCCGGAUACGGGCGCAGUGUUCCUCAUAGACGACACUCUCAUUCAGCCCAACGGCAUCGCUUUCACCCCUGAUGGUCAGACGCUAUAUAUCUCUGACACUGGAGCUGUCUAUGGUGCAAUAGCACCUGGCUAUCGAGGAGACGGCACCCAAUUCAACACGACCGGCCCACGUACCAUCUAUGCUUUUGACGUUACGAACAAUGGCACCCGAGUCUCCAAUAAGAGAUCUUUUUAUCUUGCGCAGGAUUGGGUCCCAGAUGGACUCAAGGUCAGCCGAGAGGGACUCGUCCUCACUGGUUCGGGACAUGGUGUUGAUGUGAUCGACGACGUUGGUCAACUUGUUAUCCGGAUUCAGACCAAUUACACUGUUCAGAACUUCGCCUGGACCGGCGAGAAUCUGACGACGCUCUGGCUGAUGGGCAACAAUGGGAUUAGUAAGGUUGAGUGGAAUAUCACUGGACAGACGUUGCGUUAG